UGCCCAUCUUCUUUAUAUUUCAGCAAUAUGGACUGCUUUGAUUUCUACUGCCACUCAUGGCUACUAGACUUUGCAAUGUCGCGGGUAGAAGAAGCGUCGUAUGUCCCAGUUAAUUUCAUCUUCAAGGUCGAAGCAACAUUUACAUAUGUGCCACAAUCCAUGGUUGAAUUAGACAACGGCGACAAUAACAACGCUGAUAACAUAGAGUGCGAGACAUUCGAGGAAACUUUUCAUGUUUUGCGCAACCUUGUUCUACAAGAAAGCACGUCGAGAACCGCCAUAUCUGACAUGCUCUAUGUAGUUCGUGUUCCCUUAGAGAUUCAGGAGUUCAUGGUACAUAGAAUCUCUACUCGUGCGAGGGACGUGAUGAGACAAACACAGUAUAUGGGCCGCAGGGAUCUGGAGAUGCGGGUGACUAUUAGGGUCUCACAGUGCAUCAAUGAAGAAUCAUUGCGUCCUAAUUAUACCCAAAUAUCAAGGCAAGCUAUGGAAUAUUAUGUUUUAGGGUUAUCGGCCAGAACAGUGCCCAAGUCAUGGAUUGAAGCGUUGGAAAAGGUGGAGAUUGAAGGAAUCUCAGACCGGCAGUGCGCUAUCUGUUUGGAAGAGCUGAGUGGUCCUGAGGGCACUCGCAUGAUGCCGUGUUUGCACCUAUUUCAUGAAGAUUGCAUCCGCAAGUGGUUGGAAAGAAGCUUGUUUUGCCCUCUUUGUCGAUUCAAGUUGGCUUAGAAUCGGUGAGCUUUGUUGCAUGCAGAAGAAGGACGUGUUGUGAGGUAGAAAUUUCAUUAGUUUUUCUGGGUCAAAUGUUUUGACUAAUUCAUGUUCACGUAUUAUUCUACUAAUUGCUAUAAAAUAAUUAGGAAUUAUCUUCGUAAUAAGAAG